UUCCCGGAAGAGCCCGUAAUUUAAAAAUUGACGUUUGAAUACUCUAGAGUUUUCUUUUGUCGACACAUGUAGUAGUCAAUCGAACAGGCUAACUGAGAAGUAAUAUUAUCUGAGCACUUUUAAAGUUGGAUUUACCAAGAGACUUUCACACAGGGAAGAAGAUGAUAUAGAUGAUAUAAACAUUUGCAAUAAUGUCAUCUAAAACAAGGAAUCAUACGACUGUGGUGGCCAUAGAUUUUGGUACAACGUACUCUGGUUACGCCUUUUCUUUUCGUUCUGAUUUUUUGGAUGAUAAAAAAGAUCAUUUGGGUAAAAUUACAACAAAUCAUUGGAAUUCUGGGGAUCUUCUGUCCGAGAAAACUCCAACGACCCUGUUACUUGACAAAAAUAAGAAGUUUGUUAGUUUUGGUUAUGAUGCAGAGAAUGACUACAGUAGAAUGACAGUGGAAGAGAAAAGUGAACAUUAUUAUUUUUGCCGAUUUAAGAUGAUGUUAUACGACAAGGAUGGCAAAAUGAAGUUGACGAGAGAUGCUGUUUUAAAAGACAUGAGAGAUAAAGAAAUGCCGGCUAUCGAUGUCUUUUCUCGUUCAAUCGAAUAUUUAAAAGAUGAAUUUGUAAAGAGAUUCCAAGAAAGAAAUUUACAAGUAACUAUUACGCCUUUAAACAAAUACGUUACUUGGGUAUUAACAGUACCAGCAAUUUGGGACGAACCUGCAAAGCAAUUCAUGGAGGAAGCUGCUGAACGUGCAGGAAUUUCAAAGGAGUCUCUCCUUAUUUGCUUGGAACCAGAAGCUGCAGCCGUAUACUGCAAGUGGAUUCAAAUUGAAAGGGACAGUGAUACUUUGAAUGUCAUGAAACCAGGCCGCAGGUUUCUAGUACUAGACGCUGGAGGUGGUACAAUUGACAUGGCAAUGCAAGAAGUGAGAGAAGAUGGGAAAAUACAAGAGGUAAACAGAGCACAAGGAGGCGAUUGGGGAGGGAUUUACGUGGACAAAGAGUUUAAACAGAUGCUGGAAGAUAUUGUGUCUAAACCCGUCAUUGAAGCGUUCCGUAUGAAAUACACAGGGGACUACAUCGAUUUGUUUCGGUUCUUUGAAAAGAAGAAAAGAGAAAAACAGACAGGAAAAAACGUGCGUGUGCAAAUUCCAUCAUCUCUCCUAGAAAUAGCAGACAAUAUCAUUAAAUGCAUAGAAGAUCACGGAUUGAAAGAUGACGUGGAAUUGAAAAAGGAUAAACUUCAAAUCAAAGUUAAAAAGUUUGAAGAGUUCUUUAACAAGGUGGUGGACAAAAUAGUUGUAAAAGUUGAGGAAAUGUUGGUUUCUGAUACAACUGAAGGAAAUAAGGUCAUCAUCAUGGUGGGGGGAUUUUCAGAGAAUGAGCUUCUUCAACGAAGGAUACGAGAUUCAUUUCCGAGUUACACAGUAGUAAUUCCCCAAGGGUGUGGAUUAGCUGUACUGAAAGGUGCUGUUCUUUAUGGCCAUGACCCAGAUAUUAUUGCUGCCAGAGUGGUGAGAUAUACCUAUGGUGUGGGUACCAACACUCGAUUUAUCAGCGGCAAACAUCCUGAAUCAAAGAAGAAAAUCAUCAAUGGUACAGAGUAUUGUACCGACAAGUUCGACAUUUACGCUUACAAUGGAGAGCUAAUUCAUUGCAACGAAGAGAGGGAAAAAACCUACUUUCCAAUCUAUGAAAACCAAACUUCGGGCAGUUUUGGAUUAUUUGCCAGUAAUGCAGUAGAACCACAAUAUACUGACGAUGAGGGAUGCACGAAGUUAGGAUCGCUGACUGUUCCUAUGCCAGACACAGCAGGGGGUACCAGAAGGAAAGUUAAGGCAAAGUUUAAGUUCGGUGCAACCAAGAUUACCGUUGAAGGCUUCGACGAAACGUCUAAAAAAUCUGUGGACGUAAAAAUUGACUUUUUGGAAAAUAAACCAUAAUUUGGAGCUCAAUUUGCACAAAGAUUGCUGAAAGUAUAGAUUUUUUAGCAUUUUGAACAAUUCAAAAUUUGCUAGUUUCUUAUAUGUUCUCUUUUCUAAUUUGAACCCCUCUUGUAACCUCAGUAUUAGCCUCAAGAUAAUGAUUUGAACAAUUUGGAAUCUACACCAUCUGAGGAUGCUCGCAUACUUAUAUUUAAUUUAAUAAUUGUUGUAGUAAUUUCUGAGAUCAUUCAAUAUAUAUAUAUAACUUUGAGCCCCUUUUGAAACACAGUAAUGGCCCGGGCGUGAUUUGAAUAUCAUUUACCCAUUCUGAGGAUACUCGCAUAGUGAAACCACAAAAUUACGCAUUGUAGCUCUCGAAAAGGUGAUUUUUAACAGAUUUUCUAUAUAUCUUGCACCGUGAACCCUCCUGGGUCUCAGUAUUGAUCAGGGGGGGGGGGGGUCACUGUCUUAACAAUUUAGAAUUUUCACUCAGCAUGGAAGCUUUGAUGUCAAUAUUGGCAUUUCUGGUGCAGUGCAUGAAAAGAAGAUAUGUAAUUCACAUACUCUAUUUUCUAUGUUUAGUUGAUUAUUAUUUCCCCUUGGAAAAAUUACACCCUUUAUUUAAAACUUUAGAAGGAUGAUUUGUAAUAAGUUUGGUCAGCUAAAAUUUGUCAAUUGUUUCUAAAGAAGAAAAAAAAAGAUGUGAUAAGUUUACAGACUGAUGAACAGACAGACAACAGAUGAUCAGGAAAGCUCGCUUAAAAUUUAAACUUUGGUUCAGGAAAGCUAUGAAUCAUUCAAAUCAUAAAAUAUUUAUUAUUAUAUUAAUAUUACUAUGAAAAUUAGAUUUAUAUCCCAAUCUAAAAAGGUCAUAAGAUAACUUAAUUUUUACAUCAUUGUAACUAACACUGACAUAUUUUGUUUUAUAUGUUAUUAAAAAUAUUUUUCUGACUUCAGGAUUUUUUUUACGAAAUAAUCGAGAAGUAUCGAACAAAACACAAAUUUAUAAAAUUGACUGCCUUUAUUCCAUUUGUAAGAAAUAAAGUUUAAAAUGCCUUAAAAAUGCAUCUUAAAAAGAUAAGAUUAAAUAAUCAAAAUAAAACAUUAUAUUGCACAACCCUAAAUAUAUGAAUAUUUUUGCAGCCAAACAUUAGCACUGUCAAUGGGGAAAACCCCAUCCAAUAUAUACAAUCAUGUACAGUGAAUACAAUAGACAGCAAAAAUCGAAUAAAAUGUCAUCAAUUCAUUAUAAGCAAGGCAUAAAUUAAUUAGGACAAAGAGUACCCAUAUUUCUAGGGACUUUGACACGAUUUGAGCUAAUUUUUUAAAAAUCUAUUUUUGUAAUUUUUAGGUCAGAAUGGUCAAUAUGGAUGUUUUUAAUGCUUUGUUUAAAUCUGAAAGUCAAAUAUCGAAUUACACGCGAGUUUCAGAGGUUAGAAAUCUUUGUUUUGUAAACAAAGCCUGAGUCUUGUUAUUGUUUUACAUAUAUGUUGUAUAAGUACAAGUUUCAAUCUAAAAGUCCUUUUUGCUAUUAAUAAAUUAUUUAU